AUGGAUCUAACUGCGCUCUGGAACCGCGAAAAGACUCGCCUCUCAGCGGAACUACAUUUCGUCGGAGUCUUCCCCACGAAUGGUGGAACCAGAGCAAGUUUCAUUUCUGCAAAGAACGACAGCGACAACAUACCGACUGCCAGUAGCAACCGCACUAGAAACUCCAUCAUCGCGCCAAGUCCGACAGUGAAGCCUUCAGCUGGUCCAAAGAAAAAGUCAUCAACACAAUCCAAUGCAAAUUCCAUGCGAGAUCGAGUAUUUCAACUGAUGGUGGACACAAGCAUCGCCCCAUUGUCUACUGAGACCACCUCUCGCUUCUUUGGUAGCAAUGAAUUUGCUAUGGAAUAUGCCGAUCGGGCUGUCCGUCGGUUUGUCCCUCAACCAACUCAACCGCUUAGUAUUACUUCGCCACCUCCAACCAACAAUAACGUCGGAUUUUCCUCGAACUCCCGAGGCCCGACAGUGCGAAACCAAUCGACCCGUGCGAGUACAAUCUCCCUUCACGCUCCGUCGUCUUCUCCCGUGCAAAUCUCUCAAUCAUCAGUGCAGCCAUUCCCGAAAUCUUCACAAAUUCUCGCUAGGAAGAACGGACGCAAACGUGCAGGCACUGAGUAUUCCUCGCAAGCUUUGAAGCCUUACGGCGGUGAUAUAUUCGGAACCCGCGGUGAUUACAUUGACGGUAUGCUCUAUAUGAGUCGAAUGAAGAGAAGUUAUCAAGCGGUGAUCUCCAGUGGCAAAAAGAUCGAGUUUAACUUCGUUAGUCCUCCAUGGGGGGAACUCGCGAAAGUAGAAGGACGUAAUGUACUGAAAGACGGAGUAUCAGAUGCGUUUGCUGUCGCUGGUGGGGAUGGAGGCAAGUUGAGUAUCUCGGUCGCUUCUCGUCGUGCUGGAUCUGUGAUUAUCCUUACAAACCCGAACGAAGACAAUGAAGAACUUGGAUCCACGUUAACCAGUGUACAACGCAAGCAGCAGCAACGAUGCUCGUUAACGCUAAGUAACUGGAGCUUUAACCCAGAGAACGCACGUCUCAUGGUCCAAGAAAAUGUAGUGGAGGCUUUGAUUCGCCUGUGUAAGGACGGAGAUAAGACCACUCGACUGAACUGCGUCACCGCGUUCAUGAACCUAUCACACCUUUGUGAACUGAGACGCGUAAUCGUGCUGCAAGGAGCUGUGAAGACUGUGGCUGAGAUUGUGAACGACAUGGAGGACAAGACUAUCCGGACAGCUUGUGCUAUUACGUUGUGUAAUUUGUGCUCCUUACAGGGAGAAGAAGGACUUUUGGUUGAGGAUGGCGCAGUGAGUGCGUUGUCGACUUUGAUCAAUGAACACGAAAAGGUAUCGCACAUUUGUCGUUGUGCACUAUUCAACCUCACCUGCGUCUCGCAGUCUUAUCACAAGAUCGAGAGUGUCUUGAAGGCGUUUAUCGCCCUCACAUCGACUCGAAAUAGCAGCGGGAACAGUGGAUUUGCUGUUAAAACGGAGGAAGAAUACGACGAUAUCACGGCCAAAGCUCUGUGCAAUUUAUCCAAUCUCAAACGCAUCCGAUUGCGACUGAUGGAAGAAGGAAUCGUCAGCGCGAUAACUUCGCUACUGCAUCCAAAUAUCCCGUUGAUCCAGGAACUUUUAGCACAUACUCUACUCAAUUUGUCCCGACUUUCGACUUGCAGGAGCGAGAUGGUGGCAAAAGGAUGCAUGGGUACACUAGCGGCACUUACAGGGGCUUCAAAUGCAAUGACGACCAAAUGUUUGAUCGGAAUUACACUGUGGAACCUUAGUAAAGACCCUGGAAAUGCUGUACGAAUGGUACAAGAAGGGUUACUCUUACUUGUGAACGAACUAUGUCGAGAGGACAUAACCCAAGAUUCCAUUCCUGAAGAGGAACCUCCAACAGUAACCACAAAAGACGAGGAUAUUCUACAAGUGUGCGCUCGUACACUGUACAAUGUUUCUUGUUGUGAGGAUUCCCGAUCAAAGUUAGUGGAACGAGACGCUGUCAAUACGUUGUCGUCGAUAUCAAGACGGUCCAGUGGAGACGAUGCUAAGCAAAUGUGCACCUUAGCGCUCUGUAACUUGUUAAGUGUACAGAAAGCAGCGGCAGAUAUAGUGACUGCAGGAGCAAUCACGGCAUUAAUUCAACUGAGUAUGGCACCAGGACAGGCGUAUGAGACUCGCAGUCUCUUCUCGAAAGCUCUACACGGUCUGUGCGAUAAAGCAGCUACUAGAUCCGCAGUGACUGAUGCCGGUGUGAUCCCUGCGCUUCUCUUCCUCUCCAGUAUCGACAACGACGUGAUUACUGAAGAAAUUGCUUGUAUUUUAAGUGAAAUUCGCGCUCGGUGCACUGCAGCGUUUGCUUGUUUAGCUGCUGAUAGUCACACUGCAGUUCAUGUGUGCAACGCUGCGGUGGUGCAAUGUGUGACGAGAAUUCUCGUUCUUGAGCACUCUAACGUCACUAUUGAACGUUUCUGCUGCUCUUGCUUGAGUUUACUAUGUCGAGACGAGCAGUGCUCGCUUAUUAUGGUCGAAGUGGGUGCGAUAGAGAUGGUGCUAGCCACUUGUGUGGAAUCUCACGAUCAAGAGAGUAAGGCUUCUUGUUGCCAUGUUCUGGCCAGUGUAUCGCACCAUCCAAGUUGCUGUAUGGCUCUGGUACGUAUGGGGGUGAUAUCGGUUCUAGCAACGUUAGCGAAGAUCAAAGAGAACGCCAUAAUUCAACGUUGUUGUGCCAUCACACUCGCGAAUCUGUCGGUGGAACCGGAAAUUCGAGAAACCUUGGCAUCUGCGGGUAUUGUCGCUAUUGUAUCGGUACUCAGUAACUCGUACAGCGAAGACAGUCAACGUGACUGUGCCAAGGUCUUGUGUAACUUGUCGAGUAUCCGAGGGAACGAAGCUGCUCUCGUUGGGGAAGGAGCAGUGAGCGUCUUGAUGAUGAUCAGUAUGGUUCGUGCAGUCAGUGUGUCGACUAAGGAGACGUGUAUCCGUGCGUUGUUGAACCUACUGAAUGCUGAGACUAUGAAGCAUAUGGUCAAGGAGGGACUAGUGAAAGUCUUGUCAGCUUUCUCUGGUCUUGAAUCCAAGCAAGUGGCUACUUUUGUGACGAUAAUCUUUGGUAAAUUGCUGAAUCAUUCGGUCGGUAGGAACGCUCUAUGCGCAGAGAAAUCGUCACUCCACGCUCUGUUCCAGUUAAUGACAUACGCAGAAGGAUCCGGAUCGGAUGAGGAGAGACAGUUGGCAUCAUUACACGAAAAGCUACUUAGUGAACUUGUGUAUUAUGAAAAUUCGCGAUUACUUAGUGUCCAGGCUGGAAUUUUGGAUGCUCUUCAUCGAAUUUCACUGUAUGAAGAGCAGUACGCGCACGAUCGAAGUCACUGUGCUGAGAAGACUCUAGCUCUUGUGUUCUUUACGCUAGCGAAGAGUGCAGAUAGUCGGAUGGCAGUGGCGACUUCUUCAACUUUGAGAACAGUAUUGAAGUUUCUAAACCUUCACCCUGCCAAGGGCGACUGUGGGGCGUCUGAAUGUGCAAUUUAUGCAGCAGCAACGUUGUGUUGGUUAGGGUGGCAUGAAGAUACUCGCCAAUAUUUACAGGUUUCGGAUAUUCCGUGUGCACUUACACAGAUGCUACAAAUCCACGCAAAUGGUGGUGACGAGAAGCUCGUGUUGUAUUCGACUUCAGCUAUUAAGACGUGUGUACUCACUCUCUGCUGCUUAUCACACAAUAAUGAACUGUUGGAAGUAAUGCUGAAGGAAAAUGUGGUGACGUAUUUGAACGGGAUCCUCACCUCAUGUACCAGUACCGAAACAACAGAGUCACAUUUAUCGACCGAUCAAGAGUUUGUGGCACUGGUGUGUAUCCUAUUUCGUCAGCUCAGUCACGUCACGGGCUUUGCUACUGCGAUUACUGAUCAACCAGCACCAAUUCUCGAGUUAUUUUGCAAUCUCGUUCAACAAAUUGUGGCCAAACGUGACGUUAAUUCCUCGCUUGAUUGUGCUGAUGCACUGUGCAGUAUAGUCUUUACAUCCACAGUCGCACCAGAUAGCACCCCUGGUAAGCGUCGAGAGUCAAUAUUGACACCCAAACCUUCACGAUUUCUAGUGGAUAAUCGAGUACUUAACGCUAUUGGUCUACUCAUGAGUGAUGAACAAUUACCUGAGACCCGUUGGCGCUGUUCUGCCAGUGUAUGGGCAUUGUCAUCUGUACCUGAAUACAGAAAGGAAUUAGUCGAGUUAGGCGUCACCCCACUACUGGUUCAUGAAUCAUACCGAGCGGCGAAGAUCUCUUCGUUAAACACCCUCCAAUGCUGUGCUGGUGCAUUGUGCAGCCUUACUAUUGUCCUUGAAGAGAAGAAUUCUGCUAAAAUGGUCGAGGAAGGAGCCUUGCUAGCGUUAAUUCAACUGGCCAAGCUGGAGAAUGAGACCAUACGUGAACACUGCACUCUGGCACUGUCAAAUCUAUCUGGACCAUCACCAAAAGUGGAGUCGGGAGCUGUGUCUGUGUUGCUGAAUAUGUCACUGGGCGUGGGAUCAAUGACGGCGUUAAGACGUGCAAGUUGUCAACAACCUGCAACACUAACUCGACCGCCUGUAGUGUCAGGAGAAAGACACAAAAAAUUCGCCGUAUUGCCCAACUACACGAUCGAAAUCACACAAAACAAUGCGUUGGAUGAACAGAAAUUCGAGGCUAAAUUAUCUGCCAGUACCCCUCCUCCUCCUCAAUUACCCGCGGUUGCUGCUGAUUUAGUUGGCUCACCUACCAAGUAUUCAAAGAACGAGACCUUAACUCAGCCAGGUCAUCGUGACGAAGGGAGUUUUGAGUUCAUGGAGACCAAAUUCUUUGAUAAACUGGACCCUGAAGAGAGCUUAGCGUUGAUGACGGACACCGAGGAACGAGAGGAAGAUACGUGGGUUGAUACCCCGACAGAAUAUGCAGGAAAUCAAGAGCAGGAGCGGGUUGUAGACUCUACCAAAAGCAGUCAGGCCCGUCGACCGUCUGAGCAAUCGCACUGCAUUUCUGGUCAUAGAGUUGGAGCUGGAAUCUCCAUAGCUCCUAGCUAUACUCUCUCACCACUAUCUCGUGUGGUGAUACGGAAAGCUCAUGCAGUUCAAGUGGCUCGAAAACUUAAAGAUGCCACGACAAGGAAGCGAAAAGAUCACGAGAUUCAGAGUCGUGGUAUGCUUGGAUCUCAAUCUUCACCGAGUUUAACGAAGCCUACACUGGAUAGUGAAGCACAGAAGAGUGAGAAAAAGACUAGACCUCCGCCUCAAUUGGUAAGUCUCUCGACUUCAACGUCAACCUCGUCGUUGUCAUCGUUUAGUGCGAAUAGCAGUACCAUCGACAACCAAGCAGCUCUUUUAGCUGCGGUCUCAGCGGCUGGAUUGUACGGAGCUGCCCCACCUCGAAGAUACAGAACUGAUGCAAAGGGUAACUCGGUCUCUCUCAAUGUCAAGGAGAAGAAGAGAGCUGCCAAGACUCGAAGGAAGGAGCGGGAAACUUCCAACUCUGAGCACUUAACAGCACAGCCAAAGACGCUGACACCAGCUACAAGUAUUGAAGAAUUCCAAGGGCAGGCAAAACUACUAGGACUGUGGAGCUAG